AUGAUAGCUGAUACACAUGAUCGAGUGCAAGAAAAUCGUCAAAAUGCAUCAAGAUUCAAUUCACUUACUCAUAUAGUACAAUUUAAUUAUGAUGAUCAUUGGAAAGAAAUCGAAAUUAACCUUCAACGACCAUCUGGUCUUGCUUGGGGAUUUUCAAUUGGUGGUGGAACUGAUGUUUAUGGUAUUAAUGGUUCUAAAGCUAUUGUCGUUAGAGGUAUUACUGAAGGUGGCCCUGCUGAUCGUGAUCAACAAUUAAAACUUUAUGAUAUUAUUCUACGUGUUAAUAACAUGGAUUUUACUAAUAUUAAACAUCAAGUAGCUCGUGAUAUACUUAGGACAGCCGGUAAUCAUGUUAACUUAUUAAUUCGCCGAUUAUUGCCACCUAUCUUGGAAGAAAUUCAAAUAGAAAAACUACCAAAUACACGUUGGGAUCUGUUAAUAGAAGGUGGUAUUGAUCGUGAAUACAUUGAAGGAGACCAUGGAAUAUUUAUCAGAAAUAUCAUUCCAGAGACAAUUGCUGAUAAGAACGGACGAUUGAGAGUUGGUGAUCGUCUUAUGCAUAUACGAUCAUCAAAAAACAGUUAUGAUUUAACAUAUGUUGAACGUCAACAAGCUAUUGAACUAAUUCGACAUGCAUGCAAUGAAAGUCAAACAAUAACUUUAUUAGUUGCUCAUCCAACAGAUUUAAAAAUAUUUGAUGAUGUUGUCGGUUUGAAAGAAGCUAAAGAAGCAUUGGAAGAAGCGAUUAUUUUGCCAGUUAAAUUUCCAAAUCUUUUUCGAGAUAACCGUAAACCAUGGUCUAGUAUUUUACUCUAUGGACCUGCUGGUACCGGUAAAUCAUAUUUAGCUAAAACUAUUCAGGCUAAAUGUGAAAUUUCAUUUAUUUCGGUAAAUCCAUCGGAUAUUUUUUCCAAGUGGUUUGGUGAAAGUGAAAGAAAUAUGAAAGACUUAUUUAAACUUGCUCAUGAGCAACAACCAUGUAUUGUAUUUAUUGAUCAUAUUGAUUCUUUAUGCAGUAAGUAUAAUCAUACAGAAUCUGAAUCAUCAAGACGUGUCAAAACAGACUUUCUUGUUCAAAUGCAAAGUAUUGCAAAAGACAACUCAAGAAUUCUUAUACUGGCUACAACCAAUAUUCCUUGGGCAUUGGAUACAGAUAUACAACGAAGUUUCCAAAAGCGGAUCUAUACACCAUUACCUGAUGUAAAUGAAAGAGCAGCAAUGUUUAAAAUAUAUUUAAGUGUUAGUAAUUAUCAUACGAUAAAAGACGAUGAGUGGGCACAAUUAGCAAGAAAAGCUGAACACUAUAGUGGCGCUGAUAUUGAUGUUGUUUGUCGAGAAGCUUUAUUAGGAUCUAUUCGACGACUUGGUUCAGCUACUCAUUUCAAAAAAGUACAAAAUCUAAAAGCUCAUGAUCCUCGGCAUCUUUGGCUUCCUUGUUCACCUAGAGAUCCAGAUGCUCAAGCGAUUACAUUAGAUAAAAUACCAAAAAGGGAAUUAUGCGAUUUUCCAGUAACCAUGGAAGACAUGAUAGCUGCUCUUGCUACACAGAAGCCAAUAGUCAGCAAACAUGAAUUAUUAGAACACGAAAGAUUUAAUUAUGAGCUCACUCAACGAAGUUCAUAA